AUGCUGCAGCAGGAGGUUGCGCCGUGCGCCUGCGGGCCGCGCUACGCCGGAGGCUGUGGCGGCCGGUGCGCGGCGUCGGCGCCGGCCUUCUCGCUGCUGUUCCCCAUGCCGAUGGGGUUGCCGCCGGAGCAGUGCUACUACUACCACGCGGAGGACGGCGGCUGCGGCGGCCCGGUCGACUGCACGCUGUCGCUCGCCACGCCGUCCACGCGCCGGGCGGGCGGUGGCGGUGGCGGUGCCGCCGUCUUGAUGGAGGAGCCCCGCCAAGAAGGCUCGCCGCGCCGGCGGUGCGCCAACUGCGACACCACGUCGACGCCGCUCUGGCGGAACGGGCCGCGGGGACCCAAGUCGCUGUGCAACGCCUGCGGGAUCCGGUACAAGAAGGAGGAGCGGCGCGCCGCGGCGGCCGUGGCGCCAGCGCCGGCGACGCAGGACAGCGGGGCCCGGCCGUACGCGUGCGGCGGCUACGCGCGACCGCCGCCGCCGCAGCAGCAGCAGCAGUGGGGAUGCUACGGCCCGGCCGCUGGGAAGUCGGCAGCAUCCUACGGGAUGUACGGUGGCGACGGCGUCGUCGACGCGGACGGGCCCUGCCUGUCGUGGAUGCUCAACGUCGUGCCCUCCUCGCCGGCGUUCGCCGUCCGGGAGAGGCACACUCUGUUCCAGUACUACUAG